UGUUCCUUCUUUCUAUGUCCCCCGGGCUGAGAUGCUCGGCGAAACGCAUAACCAUGGCUCGGAAGGAAGGCGUUCUUCCUAGCAGCUUUUCAGACUGCAUCCCUGUAGAAUCUGACAGUGAAGAGGAUGACCCCUUGGUCUUGAAUCGUUUUGCUGUCGCUUCUUGCCGAGGCGAUGCACAACGUCGAUGGUAUCACCAACUUUUCUUCUUCUCUGCAGUUAUAACUUCUUGGCAGAUGGGGAUAGCCUCUCCUCGCACAUCCUCCACCUCUGGCACGCCGUAGAGUCUCAGGUUCCAUCUUGUGUAUUGUUCCAGAUCAGUGAGACAUCUAUUGGAGACAUUGUUAUUAUUUCCCACGCUUUUUAAAAACUUUUGCCACUCUCAUUUUCACAUCCUUUCACCACAUGCAAACAUGAACGUUGGAAAGUUGUUAUAUCUUGAACAACUAAAAAUAGUAAUGACUGUAAACUAGUUUUUUUCCACAAUCUUUCCGAAGUUUAGUGCGGAGCUCGGUUAAAAAAAAGCUUCCUUCAUAACGCUACAAACUCCGCAGUCACCCUCUUUCUUGCCAUGCUUACUGGUAUGACUGUUUUUCCGUCACUCGUUUUAACGCAGCAUAACUUGUUCGGGGCUGACCGGCAGAUGUUUCCACCUUGCGCACGAUUUGAACAAGUCCAAGAUGGCGGUAGCGGUUUUUUCCACCAGCUACUUGUUUUACGGUGGAGAACCCAACAUGUCAGCCUCCAUGUCCAGAUUAUGUUCAGAAUUGUAAUGAAAAGAAUUCUAGACAAUUGGAAGUCCUACAGACACAGAUUCGUUCCGUGGAUUGCAUUGAAUCUUCGUAAAAAUGAGAGAACUAUUCGCCAGGUCACAGAGCGCUCAAAAGACAGGCUGGUCUCGGAUGAGGUGGUGUCAGAAACACUACUACGCCUUUUUAGGGCACUGCUCAGAAAUGACGUUGCACACCAGGGAGAGGUGUUACGUCUGCUUCCCGCCUCGACUCAAACCCGCUACCUCAGCCCAGAGACCACUGAGGGACCAGACAUAGGAGAACCAAAAGGAGAGCAUAGGCCCAUCGAGACGAUGUUACUCACGGUUGGGUUCUGUAUUGAGCGAAAGCCUAGUUCCUUGCCGUUCGCUGGAACAGGAGUCUUUGUUACCAGGGGCUUUGUGCAUAAAGGAACUACAGUGGCCAUGUACCCAGGUACCAUCUAUCAGGCAUAUGAGCCCAUUCUCUUCCAGUCCAUUCGGAACCCUUUUGUAUUCAGAUGCAUAGAUCGUGUUUUGAUUGAUGGCAAUGACAAAGGCAUCUCUAAAAUAGUGUACAGGUCGUGCAGUGGAAGAGACAGGCUUGGUCCUUUCAGUUUGAGUGACAUCACUUGGUUGACAGCCAAUACAAAAAACCCGCUAGCAGUGGGUCAAUAUGUGAACAACUGCUCAAAUGAGAGGGCUGCAAAUGUGUGCUAUCAGGAGUAUGAUGUGCCUGAAGCAUUUCCUCUAGAACUUCGCCAGUACCUUCCCAAUGUGAACUACAGACAUGAGACGCAAAGGCCUUUACGAUGUGUGGUCCUUGUAGCAUUAAGAGACAUCUGUCCAGGGGAGGAACUCUUUUCUAACUACUUCACUAUCGUGCAUUAGGUCACAUUUUAAAACCGGUACUACUCGAACUUGUUCAAGAAGAAACACUUGGCUACAGUGUGCCUUAGUGCACACAACCCAGGUCUAAGAUUUUUGAACACGUAAGAUUAUGAAAAGUACUUAUUCAACUAGUCAAGUGAAAGCCCCUCUGAAGAACUGUGGCCAGAUGAUUCUGUGUAGCCUAUGAGGGAAGGACAAUGAAAGAGACUGAAGCAAGAAUGGAGAACAUGAAACUGAGAAGACCAUAUUCAUAAGAACAUUUUCCUUUAUUUCUGCAUCUGUACACAUGAUUUGUCUGGAACAAAAUAUAAAAUAUUCAACGAAAGAGUAUAUACAGUUUUAUGAACAAUAAACUUUACUUUUGAAUGAU